AUGUCGGCACGAUAUCCUGUCGUAAAGUGUAUUUGUCUCCCGCUCGACCAGUCCAGCCUUGCGGGCGCCCGAGCAGCGGCCAAGUCGGUUAUGCACAACGCAGAAGUCCCAUAUAUCGAUAUAUUGGUGAGUAACGCAGGUAUCUCGAGGUCAGAGAUGAAUGUCAAACUCUGCCCGGACGGAUUUGAAACGCAUUUCGUGGUAAACAACCUGGUGCCAUUCCUCUUCAUCAACUUGGUUCUCCGAAACACCAUCUUGGCCUCUUGA